UACCAUUGUAUCUGCUGAAUGAAGUGAUGAACUGUGUGGAAAGAGGCUUUCUCAAAGUGAAUUAUGUUAAAAGGACUAUAUUCCCUGCUUUUACUUUUAGUUUGUAGAAUCCUACAGAGACAAUACAUAACCAGGGGCGGACUGACCAUUUGGAAACUCGGGGGCGGACUGACAACUCAUGGGGCCCCCGGGCAAUAGGGGAUCAUGGGCCCCUAUGUCCUUGCCCAAACUCAAAAAAGCCUAUGAAAAAGGUACCAGGGGCAUCUCAUGGGGCCCCCUACUGACCUUGUGCCCUCAGGCACUGCCCGAGUUUCCAAAUGGUCAGUCCGCCCCUGUCCCUGUCUAACGCUCUAACACUGAAAAAU